AUGAGGUGCUCAUUUGCGCUGGUCGCACUCUUCUUCGCUGGACUGGGUCCGGCGGCUGCCAAGCCAGAGAGACUCUCGAUGACGAACGGUCCAAGUAUCACCCGUAGGCAUGUUGGCAGCUACAGCUGGUGUGGCAUGCAGAUCCAGUACGAUAAAGCCAAACCGAUUGUAUCGCUCGGCUUCACGUUGUCGUGGAACCCGUCGACCAAGACUUAUGACCUUUCGCCGACUGGCGAAUUGAUUGGGGCCAGAAGCGUGCCGCCUUUGACGGCACACAACUUCAGCCCGGUCUACCAUCAGUUCACGAGUUCAGUUCUCUUGCUGUCUGCGAUCGAUUAUAAUCUUCAGUUGAAUGUGCAGCUCGAUGGAAGCGGCAACAUCGCAGCCUUCAAGCUGCUCGACUUCUGGCACAAGUAUACAAAGCUCAACGUGCCCGCAUCGCAACUCGAGCUCAUGCUGCGAGUGCGGCUACGGACGCCAUGUCUAGCUCUUCAGACCCACCGCGUCACCCAACGCAGGCUUGCUAGAGCAGCAUCCACAGCAGCCCAGCCAAACCGCUCUACAGAGCAUAAAGAUGUCGUCAUCAUUGGCGGGGGAGCAGUCGGUCUUGCGCUCGCUGCAUCUCUUUCUACUUCGCUGGCAUGUCAGGGAUGUCAAGGUCUGCUCGUCGAAGCAGGCGAUCUCUCAAGAUCAGCCAAUUGGCAAGCUCCGACGGGCAGCUACAGCAAUCGAGUCUCCUCACUCACCAACGAGUCACUCGCGUUUCUGCAAAGGACGGGCAUAUGGGGACACGUCGAUCAAACGAGGAUAAGAAACGUUUAUGAUAUGCAGAUCACAGACGGCAUUACCGCUGCCCAUCUAGCAUUCGAUUCGACGGAUCUCUCUACAUCAGAGACCCCAAGACCUAUGGCAAGGAUGGUCGAGAACGUCAACAUGCAGCGCGCCAUGUUGCGUGUUCUUGCUGCUCCUGCAGGAGGCGCGUCUAUUGCGACUAUGGAUCAGACAAAAGUCAUUAGCAUUGAUCGCAACGAAGAGACCGGCUGGCCUUCGGUGACGUUGUCAGACGGUCGUGCAAUCACAGCCAGACUGCUCAUCGGCGCAGAUGGCUUCAACUCGCCCGUGCGCUCUUAUGCAGGCAUAGAGUCUUUUGGCUGGUCGUACAACCGUAAUGGUGUCGUAGGCACGCUGCAGCUAGCAGAGACAGGUGGCAAUUCUGCCUUUCAACGCUUCUUGCCAACCGGACCCAUUGCCUGGUUGCCCAUGUCAGACUCGUCUGCGAGCCUCGUCUGGUCGACCAUGCCAGAUAUAGCUCAAGCCCUCAAGUUGCUUGAUGGACCCACGCUCGGCAAAUUAGUCAAUGCUGCCUUCCGGCUGCCUUGGCUGUCUGUCGAUUACUUGCACAAGACUUUACGCGGUCUCGUGCCCGAACUGCAAUCUACAGACGAUGCCGCGCGUCUUAGAGCCAAUGCAACUCUUUGCGAAGAGAUCGAAUGGCGCUCUUCGCCCGAUGUGCUCGGGCCAGAGCUUGCAUUCAAUAUGAACACUUCUGGACCUUACGAUCUCGCUCAAUCGAUCUACCCACCCAAAGUCAGCUCGCUUGAGCUUGGCUCAGUCGCCAGUUUUCCCUUGCGCAUGUCUCACGCCAAGUUCUACCUAGGCGAACCAAAUCUUGGGAUGCCCAGUCGCACAGUACUGAUAGGCGACGCAGCUCACACAGUCCACCCCCUUGCCGGUCAAGGACUCAAUCUCGGUCUGGCAGAUGCUCAGAGCCUUCUCGGUGUUGUUGAGAACAAUCUCGACAAUGGUGCCGAUAUAGGCUCGUUCACUGCUUUGCAAGCUUAUCCACGAGAGCGUUAUCUCGCCAAUCAUACUAUGCUUUCCGCGAUUGACAAGCUACACAAGCUCUACGCAAUAGAAUCUGGACCGCUCGUAUGGGCACGUUCAACGGGCAUCGAAGUGCUCAACGAGCUGCCGAUGGUCAAAGCUGCGCUCAUGGGUCAAGCCGGCGCGAGCAAAUCAGGUAGCUUCAAGCCGGCCGACAUAGCUGCGCGUGCCAUAGAGGCAGGCACAGGAGGACUUGGCAUCCUUCGUUCGUUCAUCCAAGGCCGUCUGGUCAGACCUUGAGAGCGACAACGAGCAACAGGUCUUGCAUUGCAAACUGCGAUGCCUACCGACCUUCGAACAGGUCACCUGCCAGGCUCGCCUCGACCGCAUCCCAAUCGAUCUCGCCGCCGGCAUACACUGUCUCGUAGCUAGCAAGGCUGACGCGCGAGAAGAAGCGCAGCUCAAGUUUGGCAAGCAAAUUAGCAGCAGCUGUUGAUCGCUCGGUAUUGGCAUGCUCUUCGGGUCGCUUUAGACGGAGCUUGGCGAGCAGCGGUCGCUUCAACCUUGUGCGCGCGGCGUCUGUCAGUUCUGCAGGCACUGACACAUCGAUAGAAUGACCAUUGGG